UUUUUUAAAGAUGACCUUGACUUUUCAACAUCCGGGAAUUUCGAGAAGUAAAUAUUUAGGAAGCCGAAGGAAUAAUUUCGCAAUAACUUAAGCACAUAACCUAGAAGAAGAUUAAGAAAAUGUCGGGACCUCCGUUACCCCCAGGCUGGGAGGCGAGAUGGGACAAGAAUCAGGGAGCUUAUUUUUUCAUUGACCACUCCACAAAACAGACCACAUGGAUUGACCCAAGAAUUUCUAUGCAAGUGAAAAAGGAGCAGCAACAGUCACACCAUGGAGAACACCAUGCAGCCGCGGCCCAGCUUUUAAACCAAACAUCUACGAACCAUUCCUCUGAUAGAGAUAUUCCUCUUAGCAUAUAUCAGAGUGGUGAAGAAAGAAACUCCACGCAGGGGAGAGAACUCACUACAGCUUUUCCCGUGAAACACCCAGCACCUGAUAAUAAUGCAAAGUUGGAGGCUUCAGUCAAUGCUCUCAUGAAAAGUCAUCCAGGGUCCACUUACGACAUUGUUAAAGAAGUUCUUAUGGGUUGUAAUAACAACCAUUCCAAAGCAAAAGAAACUUUGGAGUUGAUGGGUUAUAGAAUGAAAACAGAAGGUGGCGCCACCUCAGCAACAAGGCAGACAACUCCAGCACAAAAAUCCCCAGCAAAGAAAGCUAAUAAUAAAUCACCGGCAAAGAAAUCAUCUCCACCAAAGGAGGCAGUAUCUGAACAGGAGAAAAUGAAAAUAAAAGUGCGAUUAGUUGGGGCAUUUCCGGACCUUGAAGCGAAUAUCAUUGACAUGGCUUUAGAUAUUUGUCACCACAAUGAAGGAAAAUGUCGCACACUACUGAAAGGUUGGAAUGACAGGAAAGCCCCAGAGAUGAGUGGGCGAUCUAAAACAUCGGACUCAGGAUUCAGCAGUAGACCAACAACUGCUUUGUCAACAGAACCGGUUUCCAUGGAUAUGAAUGCUGGAUUACCAGCAUCAUUUGGUGCAGACCCUCAUGAAAGACCAAAAUCGUCACCCAAGAAGUCGGCUCAAUCUCAUGGAGGAAGAUCAAGAACCCCAGAUCAGCGACCUUCGACCUCAAAAUCACGGCAGACGAGGGCCAAGACGGCACAGAAGAGCAGACAUGUGGAUACCAUGGUAACCAGACAGCCCUACACCCAGUCCGAGUUUAGGACGGCUGCAUUGGGUCCAGACCCCGGGCUCAGGAAAGGCCCCGACGAUUCAUUGCUUAUAACGGAUUACGUGGUUGCCUUGGGGCCUGACCCAGAAUUACGAGUUGGCCCAGAUCCCAGUCGACUAGGAGAAAGAGUUAUUGCCAUGGGACCUAACCCAGAAUUGGUGCAUGGUCCGAUGUACUCACGGAAUCCAAUGAGCUUUACCAUUUCCGCAGUUUAAAACAUUAUAAAACCAUUAAAGCUUAUUAUUAGAGUCUAAAGUCAAAUCUCUUUAUCAUGUCAACAAGCUUGAAAAACAGAUGAAACUUAUUAAUGUCAUUAUUAUGUUAUUGAUAUUUAGCACACCUGUAAGAGCUGUUGUGAUACCCUUGUAUUGUCCAAGGACAAGUUUUUUUCAAAUUUCCCAGAAAUUGUUCACCCUACAUGAGUCAGAUGUGCUUAAGGAUACAACAGUCAUAUGUGACAGAUGGAGUAUGUAACUUUCUAUUUUACACAUGAGUACCAGGUUGUAGUUUCUGCCACUUCUUUGGGGGUCCAGACUUGCAUGGAUGACUCACAUUACUUCGUCAAGUCCUCGUUAGUACGUGUACUUAUCAGAAGUAAUAUGUAUGCUUUUCUAUUUAUUUAAAUUCUGGAAGCCAGCUUGAACUGUGCUCCUCAAAAAUUUAAUGGUGGUAAGAAAUUUUGUAAGUUCAGUGACUAUGACAAAAUGUGGGGUCGUUUGUUUCAUCAGUUGUUGGUCCAAUCAAUGAAUGUGAUAAGACAGAUGGGGAAAUAAACAAUCUUUUGAGGGUUUUUUUUUAACUCGCACGAGCUGAAAGCUCAAGUGAGCUUCUCUAAUCACAUUUUCGACUUCUUCUCAAGAACCACAGGGCUAAUUUCAGCCAAACUCACCACAAAGCGUGAUUGGGUAAUUUGUUCAAAUGAAGUGCCAUGCCCUUUUUUAAGUGGAAAUAAUAAAGAAUUAGUAAAUGAAUUCCUGGAAUCAUUUUAAAAUCUUCUCAAGAUUUCAAACAAAUUUGGCACUAAUCAUCUUUUGGUAAAGGGGAUUCAAAUUUUUUCGAAUGAAGGGCUAUGCUCUCUCCAAGGGAAGAUAAUUAAAAAAUGCAAAAAUAGGGUGAGAUCAUUUAUUAAAAGAAUUUUCUCAAGAACCACUUGGCCAAAAGAAAUUAAACGUACGCGAGAGCUGCCCGACGUAGUGCAGAUUGAAGUUUGUUCAUGACCCAUGGGAGUAGGAUGGGGUCACAAUAGGGGAUCAAUGUUUUCAACAGGGCUAUUGACUACUCAUUAAUAUACUACUGCAAGCAUCCCCAGGUAGUGCAGAUUCAAAUUUGUUCAAAUUGUGGCCCCCAGGGGUAGGGUGAGGCCACAAUAGGGGAUCAAAGUUUUAUAUCAGAAUAUAUAGGAAAAUAUCUUCUGAAGAACAGCAGGUCCAUCAUUAGUCAUAUUGAUGGGAGCAUCUCCAAGUAGUGUAGAUUCAAGUUUGUUCAAUUCAGAGGCCCCAGAAGUAGGAAGGGACCAUAAUAGGAGAUCAAAGUCUGAUAUGGGAAUUGAAGGAGGAAUGCUACACCAUAGAAAUUUGAUAUAGAUGAAAAGUGGAUAUGUACAACAAUAUUUGCUGAAGAGUUGUAUCUGGAUUCUGGACCAUUUGUCAAGUAUUUUCUAUUAACUAUUGUAAAUGUCCAAAAACUUUUCUUAAUCAGAUUUUAAAACACUUGCAUUUUCGAUUUAUAUGGGUAAUCAGCAAGGAUAAACUCCUAUUUUAUGUUUGUCUUUUAAUUAAGUCAUAUUGGAUAAUAUUGGUCAUACUAGCCCUCUAGUUUACUGCAGAAUGAUUUAAAUUCAUGAUGCCCAAUUUUCAUAGUUUCACAUGUGGUUUCUGUACAUUGAUAAAUUGUGCAUUUCAUUGUGGUUUGAAAUUCAUGGGAUGAAUAUUGAGCCCCACAAAACCUAAUGAUUUUGUAGCAUUAGUUUGGAAACACAGAAUUCCAGAUCUGUUGCGUCAGAUUUGGGGAUUGUUAUAGAUGCAAUAUACCUUUUAUUCCCGUUAGUAUUUAUUGCCAUGUUGUUGUAAUGUACAUCCAUUUGUAAUAAUUUUUAUAAAAAUAAACAUUUAAAUAGUGGA